GGGCGGCGCCCGCCCCUCUCCGUGGUGCUGAAGCGGCUCCCGCCGCCGCCGCGCUCCGAGGGCCCGCCCCUGCCGCCCCUGCCGCCCCUGCCGCCCCUGCCGCCCCUGCCGCCGCCGCCGCCCCCGCCCCGCGGCCUCCCAGCGCCGGGCGGGCUGUGGCGGGGCGCCAUGGCGGAGCGCGGGGCCUGAGGCGGAGCGCGGGGCCUGAGGCGGAGCGCGGGGCGGCAUGGAGGCGGAUUUCGCCGCCUUCGGGAGCCCGCUGUGCGGCGAGGUCAAGCGCUUCUGCAGGCGGGUGCGGGAGACCUACCGGGAGAUCAAGGAGGACCUCACCCCCUACAAGGAUGACCGUUACUACCGGCUGGCACCGAUGCGAUUAUAUACACUGUCCAAGCGGCAUUUUGUUCUGGUCUUCGUAGUAUUCUUUGUUUGUUUUGGUCUGACAGUCUUCAUAGGAAUAGCGGGUCCUAAUGUAAUUGAAACUUCUGUGGCAAGAACCGAUUUAAAUAACAGCCUAAAGCUGAAGCCAUUUAAUUUAAGUUCACCACCACUGUCUACUUACAACCAGCAGCUGUGGCUGACCUGUGUAGUUGAGUUGGAUCAGCACGAUGUAUCCCUCAAAAAGAAUGUUACUAUGACAGUCAAAGUACUUGGGGUGGUGAAGGAUGGAAGCACACCAUAUGUUAAUAAUCAAGUUCACAAUCGGAUGAGAUUACUCAGUUGUGCACAGAAAUGCAGUGAAAUCAUUGUUGCUCACCUUGGCUACCUGAACUACACUCAGUAUAACAUAUUUGUUAGCUUUGAAGACCUAAAUAAGUUAACAUACACCAUCCAGAACAUUACUUUCACAUGGAAGACCUACAAUCCAACUUUUUCACAAGUGGAAAUAUGGUUCCGAUUUGUCUUUGUAGUUCUUACUUUUAUGGUCACGUGUCUGUUUGCACACUCCCUGCGGAAAUUCUCCAUGAGAGACUGGGGUAUUGAACAAAAAUGGAUGUCCAUCCUCCUUCCCCUCCUGCUACUUUACAAUGAUCCAUUUUUCCCCCUUUCUUUUCUGGUGAACAGCUGGUUUCCUGGAAUGCUGGAUGACCUAUUCCAGUCACUGUUUCUGUGUGCGUUGUUGUUGUUCUGGCUUUGCGUCUACCAUGGUAUAAGAGUACAGGGGGAAAGGAAGUGCUUAACUUUCUAUCUGCCCAAAUUCUUCAUUGUUGGACUAUUGUGGCUGGCCUCUGUUACACUGGGAAUAUGGCAAACUGUUAAUGAAGUACAUGAUCCUACAUAUCAAUACAGGGUUGACACAGGUAAUUUCCAGGGAAUGAAAAUCUUCUUCCUUGUGGUGGCAACCACAUACAUUCUCUACCUUUUGUUCCUGAUAGUGAGGGCAUGCUCAGAACUUCGUAACAUGCCUUAUGUUGAUCUCAGGUUAAAAUUCUUGACUGCAUUAACCUUCGUAGUGCUUGUCAUUAGCAUUGUUAUACUCUACCUACGUUUUGGAGCACAAGUUCUACAGGACAACUUUGUUGCUGAGCUGUCGACUCAUUACCAGAAUUCAGCAGAAUUCUUAUCAUUUUAUGGUUUAUUGAACUUUUAUCUCUACACAUUAGCCUUCGUGUAUUCACCCUCAAAGAACGCACUAUAUGAAUCACAGUUGAAAGACAAUCCUGCUUUUUCUAUGCUGAAUGAUUCAGAUGAUGAAGUGAUCUAUGGGGAUUGUCAUGACACCGAUACAGACAGGAGUGACUAUGAAGAAAUGCCACUUCAGAACGGCCAAGCUAUUAGAGCCAAGUAUAAAGAGGAAUCGGACAGUGAUUGAUGUGGAUGUAGACAGACUUGUCCAGCUGCAAUUAAACCAAUUUUGAAGUUUUCCUACAUGGAAAACUUCCUUGGCUUCCUUACAGUCUGCUGUCAUCUGAACACCAACUCCCAGGAAGGACAACCUGCUUCUGUUUCUGUUUACAAAGUUAAAAGUGAAAAAAAGAAUGCUUGAAAAGGUUGUGGUGAAAACUUAAAAACCCAACAUUUUUACAUGUCUUAUGAAAUGCCUGGUAGCAGGAUGUCUGUAGACUAAAAUCUUUAAGUCUAUUUCCAUUUAGAAGUGUCAUUGAUUAUAUGCUGAUUUUAGAAUUGCUUUCUUGCUGAUUGGUUUUUAUUUUGUUUGAUUUUGAGGAUUAUGUACAGCAUACUGUCUUUCAUCAGCUGCAUUUGUGUUAGCUCCAUUGUAUAUUGUCCACUGCUGUACGAAGUGCCUCAUUUCCCUUUCAAUUUUCUACCUUAGUCUUUUGAGCUGGAGGCAGGGAAUGAAGUGUGUUAGGAUUUUCUCUCUCUCUCUUUUUUUUUUUUAUGCAAGAAAACAUAAGCUUUCCAUUCUUCCUUCCAAGAAGUGAUACAGACUUAAGACCAUUUUUAAAAUUCAUUUAAAUGAGUUUACUAGAUUUGUAAGUGCAAGGUAUGUGCAAAUACUCAAGUUCCAGUGAGCCAAAAUAGCCUCAGUGGUGCAAAAAUUAUUUGUAUAGUGUGUGUUUCAUAACAUGCUUUAUUGCCACAACAGAAGUGUACUGUUUUUUUUAAACAGCCCUUUCAAAUAGAAAUACUAGGCAGCAACAAAUCAAAGUUUCACAGAGAAUUACAAUUUCAAAUUUCCAAACAUUUCAUUUUUAGAGGUUUUUUCCUACGUCAGAAUUUUUCCUUAACUUGUACUAAUAGAUAAUCUACAUUCUAGGACCAACCAUAGUUGCUCAUGUGUUGGACGUGCAUGAGUUAGCUUUUGAGCAUGUUCUGUGCAUAGUUCAACUUGUUAUACCACAGCCAUUACCUGUACUGAUUGGAACUUUCACUAGCACAUUAGUGAUUAUCUGUAUCCCAGUCUGUGCUGGAACAAAGUUACAUGGGAAUUAAGUAUUCCUAGUACAAUGCUGCUGCUUCUCUAUUUAAAAAUUGUUUUUUUCUUGUUCAGUUCUUUAUUUAAAUGGAUGCUUUUUGUUUCUAACUACUUUUGUUUUCAGGUACUUGACCUGUCUGGAAGUAUCUUUUUUUUUAAAUGGAUUUGUAACUGUGAUUUACUCUUGAAAAAUUUCUCUGCCCUGCUUCUCUUUUUGAGAAGUCUCUCAAAAGCACUGUUAACGUAUUAGACAGAAAAUGGUGCUGGCUUACACUAGGGAAUUGUGCUCAUCACUGAAAUAGUUUAAGCAGAAAAGUGCAAUGAAAUCCUACUAGACUUGCUGCAUUAUAUUGGGGAAAAACUACAUUUGUUUUGCUUUGAUGCAACAACUGUUCUAGACCAUUCCCAUUGCAAUAACUUCCUGGUAACUGUUCAAGAUCAGGAAGGGGAGACUUCCCAGGAUAGCAGUUUGCUUAGAGAGGACCAAAGGAACUGCUUCACCUGGUUGCAUCCUUGCUAUCAUAGAAUAGUCCAGACUGCAUCAGCGCUCUGCUAAAGGCAAGUGUGGUAAGAUACUCUGUGUGUGUGAGGAAGAAACGUUUCUAAAUUAUAUAGAGCCGUGAAAUUCUUUGAGUGUAUUUGAAAUUUAAAACUUUCUGCAUCAGGGAUCGUUUAUUUGUUAGAAGCCAAAGCAUGAUGGUAUGGCUAAAGCAAGGAAACUGCUGGGGAGGAGGGGAAAGUUUUUCCCUUUAAUUUCUUAAUUAAUUGGUGUCAGUUUAGAAGAACAUAUAGGAAAACGUUAAAGUAGUAUUUCAAGUUAGUGUUGUUUGGGGGUUUUUUCAGUGAAUUGUAGUAAGCUCUAUCUUCUGCACUUCCUUUUAGACUUUUUUUUAGUAUGAGAGAUGAUCUUUGGAUCCUAAAAGCGGAGAGACCAUUCUCAUUUUUACUAUUCCCCAGAUGACUCUCUUGAGGCUUACAGCUGUUUGAAUUUGCAGUCAGACAUGGGAGCCAACUAGGCAUCCCUUGUUACCCCAAAUUCUUUUGAUUUCCAUUGGAGUAACAGGGGGUACAGGAAUUAGGUCUUCAAAAAUUUAUACUUACAUGAUCCUUAUAUAGUCAGAUCUUUUUGGCUCUGAUAUUAAUUCUGUUCUAAAUUGUUUUGAUUUGACCAAUGUGCAAAGUAUACUGAUGCUUCUUAUCACAGUGUGAACUUGUAGUUACAGUUAACUCUGAAAUACAGUGUCAUGCUUUGGGAUUUCAUUAACUAAAGAAAAUAUUUUUAAUCUAAUUUUGAGAUGAUGAUUUUUUCCUAAGAUGUUCUCAGCCCAUUUUACUUCCCUUUUGUUUGCAUUAAUUUUCUGUAUCGCUACAUUCAAAGUGGAAAUAGGAAAGCUGAGAAUGGGAAAUGUGUACUUAAAGUACCUACCUCAUGGCGAAAAUAGUGACAAAAUAGUUUCCUUGUUAAUUUUCAGAGAUUAUAUUUAAGCAAUGUUUGCCAUGCAAAAUACCUUUGUAUUUUGGAAGUGCUAGAGUGGUUGAACCACUGUCACAUUGAAUUCAAUAUACAGUAAAAAGGCAAAAGCAGUGAAGCAGAUGAGGAAAUAGUUCUGCUAGCAAGAAAUCUGUUUCACUCCUAUUUCCACAACUGGGAAGCAGAGACAGUAUUUGAGGAAUAUUACACUAUGGAUUGUAAACAGCUUGGGAGCAGGUGGCGUAAAUUCACCUGAGUAAAGUCUUGUAACCUAAGGGUGAAACAGAAGAUAUCUGGAUAAGAAACUAGCCUGGCUUUCCUUUCAUUACUGCUCAAGUAAUUAUUUCUGUCACUCAUGGAACUACAUAAAAUGAGAAAAGUAUACAAAAAGACCCCACAGCACACAGUGUUCCUGCUCUAAAGGAGAUGCCGUCUAUUAAAUAACUGCAAGACCUCCAUGUACACAACGAUCAAGAGGAACUUUUAAGAAAUCAGUGACCACUGAAUGUGAGUCAUUCAUGGCAACCAUUUCUGUAGUAUUUGUGUUGAAAAUGCAGUUGGUGUUGGAAUUGGUUGGAAACUUUCCUAGCACCAGCAAGGAAGAGGAAGCAUAAGGCUUAACAGCAGCAAGGAGCAGCUAGUGCAAGAGACCUGUGGCACUAACACUGGGGAAAAGGGGAUGAUGGUUCCAGCUAGGAAACACUUUGAUCUGUUGCCUUUCUUUGAGCCAAAAGACAACUUUGCAUCCACAGUCACCUAACUCUUCCCCCAUUUCUUUUUGCUUAUGCCAGUAAUAAACUUUGCAUUACUGUAAAACUUUUUUUAGAAGUUUGUAAAUAUGUAAAAUGAAAAUAUGGAAAAACCGUGUACCAAAAUGGUAUAAAAAUGUGUAAGAUAAAUGCUCUGUUUAAUGAGAAGCUGUAAUUAAAUGCUGCUUUGAGAAAGUGUGCAUGAAGAAGUGUUAAAUAUUCUAUGUAUCUAGAAGUUGUGUUAAUGACAGCAAAUUAUCCAUUUAUGUUGGAAAACUUCAUGCUAAUGUGAAAUAUGAAGGAAAAACUAGUAUUUUAUUUCAAGCAAAAAUUGGGCAUUGGGUUUCCUGGAAGACUUCAUGUGCAUAAUCAUUGUUAAAUAUGUUCAUAAUAAAAUUUUAUAUCUUUA